UUAGUCUGUCUUGUUCAAGCAGUAGUAGCUAUUUCAAUAAUCAUGUUAUUGUAUGAUGCAUAGCGUCAUUUAAAUUCAAAAAAUUUUAAUGAUGUCUAUGAUUUUAUAACAAAAAAUGUUUUGAGAAAAUUAAAAUCAAAUAGUUUGAAAAAGAGAUGAAAGAUCAAGAUUAAUGUAUUGAUUUUUUGGAAAUUUAUUAUUUGUUUUUCUUUCUUAGGUUUAUAUUCAUACCCAUAAAGGAAUUUUAAUUGAAGUAAAUCCUCAAACUCGUAUUCCACGAACAUUUGAUCGAUUUGCUGGUUUAAUGGUUCAACUUCUUCAUAAAUUAUCGAUUCGUUCCCAAGAUUCUGUUCAAGGUGGUAUUAAAUUGCUUAAAGUUAUUAAAAAUCCUAUAACAGAUCAUUUUCCUGUUGGAUGUAAAAAAAUCUCAACAUCAUUUAGUGUUACAUCAUCACAUCUUGUUAAUAUUCAAGAUUAUGUACGUGAUGAUUGUGAAGCUGAUCAACCCGUUGUUUUUGUUAUUGGUGCAAUGGCAAAAGGAAAUGUUAAUAUUGAUUAUAAUGAAGAUACAAUAUCAAUUUCAUCGUAUCCAUUAUCAGCUGCAUUAACUUGUGCUAAAGUUUGUGGUGCAUUUGAAGAAAAAUGGGGUGUUCUUUAA